AUGGUGGAAAUUACGGAUAUUGUGUGCCUUCUCGCCCCGCUGGCGAUGCUUGUGGGCUCUACCUUCCAGACCGACAUGAAGACCGUCAAAGAGGCGGAGAAAACGGGGAAUUUCAUGGAAGACGAGCAGUGGCUGUCCACCAUUUCACAGUACAGCCGCAAGAUCAAGCACUGGAAUCGCUUCAGAGACGAGGUAGAGGAUGAUUAUGUGCGUACCUGGGAUGAAAAUCCAGGUUCUAAUGAAAAUGUAGACACCACCAAGGACCCCUGUCAAAAGGUUAAGUGCAGCCGACACAAGGUGUGUAUCGCCCAGGGCUACCAGAGAGCUGUGUGCGUCAACCGCAAGAAACUUGAACACAGACUCAAGCAGCCUGUGCUCAGGUCUCCUGACGGAAACUGUCAGCCCUGUCCCAUCUCUUCUACCGGGCCUGUGUGCGGAUCAGACGGACACAACUAUGCCUCGAAGUGCAAGCUGGAGCAGCAGGCGUGUCUUACAGGGAAGGAUCUUACCAUGAAGUGUUCAGGUCUGUGUCCUUGUCCAACCGCUGCGCCUGCUUCCAAGGAGAGUAAACAUGAUAGCUGCACUGGACAGGAUCUGGCUGAUCUUGGGGAGCGUCUGAGAGACUGGUUCCAGCUACUGCAGAGCAAUGCCAAGCAGAACAACAACAGCAAGCCUGGGGCCAGAACCACUGCAGCCAACACCGCAUCAGUGUUGGACAGGAGCCUGGUGGCCAGCUGUAAGGACUCCAUAGGCUGGAUGUUUUCCAAGCUGGACACCAAUAGCGACCUGUACUUGGACCAGGCAGAGCUGGCUGCCAUCAACCUGGACAAAUACGAGGUCUGCAUUCGGCCCUUCUUCAAAUCCUGUGACUCCUUCAGGGACGGCAAGGUCUCCACUGCUGAAUGGUGCCUCUGUUUCUGGAGAGAGAAGCCGCCCUGCUUGGCUGAACUCGAGAGGAUUCAAGUACUAGACGGCGGCAAAAGAAAGUUUGGUCGAUUCAUCCCUAGCUGUGAUGAAGACGGCUACUACAGGAAGCAGCAGUGUGACAGGGGAGAGUGCUGGUGUGUGGACCAAAAUGGCGGAGAAGUAGCAGGAUCUAGGAUUCGUGGCAAGCCAGAUUGCGACGAUGAACUGGCAUAUUCAGGUGAUUUUGGCAGUGGGGUUGGAUGGGAAGACGAGGAAGAGAAAGAAGCCGAGGAGACUGCAGAAGAGGCAGAGGAGGAAGAGGGAGAGGUGGGAGAGGUGGAUGAUGGGGGAUAUAUCUGGUAAAGUGCCAACGUCUAGUCCAACCUCUCGACGGGAGCAUCUUGAUGGUUUCAAACACAUAACACACACACACACAGAUCCUGCAAAGAGAUGGACAUGGUGAAGCUCUCAGAACAACUCCGGCUUAUGAAAAAGUAAGGGGAAGGGAUGCACAGGUUGGGAGAGGGAACAUGCGUUCGUUUUGGGAGUAUUUCAUGUUACAGAAUGUUCUUAAAAUGGGCAGGGGAAGGGAAAAUAUCACUAUUAGGUAAUUAUGGGGUGUGGAGUCAGGAAUUUUGUCCCUCCUAUUUGUGAAUCUUUGUUCUAUUCUGUUGUAUGUCCUUUGAACUAUCUUUGAGCAGUUUUUAGCUGGCAUUAUGGAGAAUUUAAGCAGCUGCGGGUGCUUGUCAUGUGCUUGCAUAAAAAAUAAUGGAGAAAGACUGGGUGUAUUUCAGUUGUCUAAAUUGGCCUCUAUCAUCUUUUCUUCCUGUAGAAUAACACCGUUUAGAUAACCAGUCCUGGUUUUAGGCAGGAAACGGGCGAUAAAGAGAGGAAGCCACGUCAGAAUAUUGAAAAGCACCCUUUGACUUUUACCGUUUUCAUGUCAUAUGCUUCAGUUCAUGUGUGACAGUAGUGCUCUGUCUCAUUCAUGACUUAUUAAAAGUAAAGUUUCUCACGCAUCACUCUUUAGCUUGUAUAUGUGUGUAUCAGAAGACAGAUCGUCACAUACUAGUCCUGUUAUCAAUGCCUUGAGAGACUAGCAGAAUUUACUGCUUGGUUGACAAGUGUGCAUCGUAUCAUAAUGUGGAUCAAUUAUUGUGUUUAAUA